UGUAUAUAAUGCAUAAGCAUAACCAACAAUCAUCUGUGCAGCAUAGCGGAUUUUGAUUACCUACCUAGUUUUUACAUUUUUCCUACGUUUGAAAAUGGCUUCAUCUAUAGAAAACUUGUCAUUGCAAUCUAAAGAAGACAAGAACGAAGAGGAAGAUGUGGUAAACCCGUGGAAUGUUUGUUCAAAGAACAAAACAGGAAUUGACUAUGACAAACUCAUUAGUAGAUUUGGUAGUAGUAAAAUUGAUGACAAAUUAUUGCUACGCAUCGAGGCUGCUACUAAAAAACCUGUUCACCAUUUCCUUAAAAGAGGAAUAUUUUUUUCUCAUCGAGAUUUACACAGUAUUUUAAAUUUAUAUGAACAAGGAAAACCUUUUUAUUUAUAUACAGGAAGAGGACCUUCUUCAAAUUCUCUACAUAUUGGACAUUUGAUACCAUUUAUAUUUACAAAGUGGUUACAAGAUACUUUUAAUGUACCUCUUGUUAUACAGUUGACUGAUGAUGAAAAGUAUUUAUGGAAAGAUUUAACAUUAGAAGAAGCAAAGAUGUUGUCUGUUGAAAAUGCUAAAGAUAUAAUAGCAUGUGGAUUUGACAAAAAGAACACAUUUAUAUUUUCAGAUUUACAGUUCAUGGGUGAAUGUCCAUCUUUUUAUGCUAAUGUACUAAGAAUUCAAAAAAGUGUUACGUUUAAUCAAGUAAAAGGUAUAUUUGGAUUUGGAGAUAGUGAUGUAAUCGGAAAAAUUGCAUUCCCUGCCGUUCAAGCUGCUCCUUGCUUGUCUUCAACAUUUCCAUUUAUAUUUGGAAAUGAAAAAGUUCCUUGUUUAGUUCCAUGUGCUAUUGAUCAAGAUCCAUAUUUUAGAAUGACAAGAGAUGUUGCUCCUAAGCUUGGAUACUUAAAACCUGCUUUAAUUCAUUCAUCAUUUUUACCGUCUUUACAAGGAGCUGAUACUAAAAUGUCAGCUAGUGAUUUGAAUUCAUCUAUCUAUUUGAAAGACACUCCUAAGGAAAUAAAAAAUAAAAUAAACAAGUAUGCAUUUUCUGGAGGGCGAGAAACAGUUGAAUUGCAUCGUGAAAAAGGUGGUGAUUGUGAUGUAGAUAUAUCAUAUCAGUAUUUAAAACAUUUUCUAGAAAGUGAUGAAGAAUUAAUGAAAAUUGAAAAAGCUUAUACUUCUGGAAAUAUGUUAACUGGAGAAUUGAAAAAAAUAUUGAUUGAAUCUAUUUCAAAAAUUGUGAAGGAGCACCAAACAAACAGAAGCAAAAUUACUGAUGAUGAUGUCAAAGAAUUCAUGACUCCGAGAAAGUUAUCAUAAACAACUAUGAUAAAAAUACAAUUAAAUAUUUAAAAACUAAUUAAUUUCCUGAUUUUACUUUUAAUUUAUAUGUCUUACAU